CAACUCCCUUGCAAGUGAUACGGCUGUUAUCUCCCGAAUAGCUCGUACAUAACAAUAACCCCAGUUAAAUUGCUUUCAGAAAGCAUCGGUAUAUUAGAUACAAAAGAGAGGCGAUUUCGCGUACUCGUUGUGAUUGGAAUAUCUCUAUUAUUUGCCGAUAACAUCGAUUUCAGCUCUUCAGGUCAGCAGUUUCAUCUACGAGUCAUUCUAAUGCGUAGAUAGCAAACACGCGAAGGUUCCCGUACCUGACACAAUGUUUUCCAGAGUUGUUUGGAGUUUGUUUGUCCUGUCAUUAACAUUUUGGGUCGUUGCCUCCAACGAAUUGAGCCGGACAAGCAGCAAAUGUCCAAGAGAGUGCGAAUGUACCACAACGAGCCAAUUCUUCAUGUCCUGUGGUUCCAAAGGAAGUUUGACAACUAUUCCGUCCUCUAUACCUCUCAAAGUAGAAUUCUUGUCAAUUUACAGGAACACGGUUACAGAGAUACCGGAGAGUGCUUUAAGAAAUUUGACAAAUUUGAUGACCUUGAAUUUACGGUCGAACAAAUUGCGUGAUUUUCCAGCGACGGUGUUUCGUGACUUGAUUCGACUCAAAUCUUUCAACGCCGGUUCCAACAAGCUGUCGUCACUACCAAGGCUCCUUUUUCACGGAUUAAGAGACCUCCAACAGAUCUAUCUUGAUAAUAACGCCAUUGAGAGCAUUCCCGAGGAAUUGUUUCAAGAUCUACCGUCCUUGAGGCAAUUAGAUCUCCACUGUAAUAAACUCAAGAAGUUUCCGGGAAACGCUUUUCAAGGAUCGUUCUCUUUACAAGUUCUGUCACUGGCAAAUAACCACUUAACAAGCAUUAACGAAGGAACAUUUCAUUCCCAGACCACACUUAAGACGCUUACAAUCAGAGACAACAGAAUCGUGAACAUAUCGAAAAACGCAUUUACAGAUCUCAGAGAGCUAAAAACGCUGCAACUUCAAAACAAUAACAUAUCUUCAAUUCCAGAAGGAGCUUUCAGUGGAUUAAAAAGAGGUAUAGAUGUUUAUCUUAACGGUAAUCCGUUUCAUUGCAGCUGCGAAUUGCGUUGGUUAAAAGUCUGGUUGAGAUUCAAGGCAAAAUAUAUCCCCUCAACUGCUCUCCGUGCAACGUGUUCAAAGCCAGAUCAUUUAAAGGGAACGUCAGUUAUGCGCGUAUCAAAUGACCAUUACAACUGCGUAAAUGGUCAGUGGACAAAUUGGAGCCCCUGGAGUGCCUGUAAUAGUACUUGCGGAGCCGGUGUACGAGCCUCGACAAGAAGCUGUACAAAUCCUCCACCAGGGAGAGGUGGAAAGAAUUGCAAAGGGAGAUAUAUAAAGACAAAGAGCUGUAAAGGUCAAGCCUGUGAAGCUAGCUGGACGGCCUGGUCAGAAUGGAGUCCAUGUAGCAAAUCUUGUUCAACAGGAAUGAAAAGAAAGACUCGUUCUUGUCGACACUCUCGCAAAGGGUUGAUUAGAAACACCUGUAAUGGGCCUUCACAAGAAACACGCAGUUGUACAAGAGGGCCAUGCAGAGGUAAGGGCGAAUGGAGUCCAUGGUCCUCUUGUAGUGUAACGUGUUCUUGGGGUACUAGAAUGAGAAUGAGAACGUGUAAGGACUCGCAAGCUAAAAAUCCUGGACAACCAUGCUUUGGAGCAGAAAUUUCCACAGAAAUGUGUUAUUUAGGCUUCUGCCCAGUUCAUGGUGAUUGGUCAGUUUGGUCCAGUUGGUCAAGCUGUAAUGCAUCAUGUUCAGGGGGAAUAAGGACAAGAUUCAGAACAUGUACCAACCCUCUUCCUCAGUAUGGUGGAAAAAUAUGUGAUGGAGAUUCGGCCCAAAAACAGUAUUGCAAUACAGAGCCAUGUGCUAUCCAUGGAGAAUGGACUGCUUGGUCAAACUGGUCCCACUGUUCAGUGACAUGUGCAAGGGGCUCUCAGAUGAGGUUUAGGACUUGCAGUGACCCAAAACCUCAACAUGGAGGCCACAACUGCUCUGGUAAUUCCUCUGAUAUUAAGUAUUGUGACCUUGGUUCAUGUCCUAUCCAUGGAGGAUGGACUGCUUGGUCAAACUGGUCCCACUGUUCAGUGACAUGUUCAAGGGGCUCUCAGAUGAGGUUUAGGACUUGCAGUGACCCAAAACCUCAACAUGGAGGCCACAACUGCUCUGGUAAUUCCUCUGAUCUUAAGUAUUGUGACCUUGGUCCAUGUCCUAUCCAUGGAAGAUGGACUGCUUGGUCAAACUGGUCCCAUUGUUCGGUGACAUGUUCAAGGGGCUCUCAGAUGAGGUUCAGGACUUGCAGUGACCCAAAACCUCAACAUGGAGGCCACAACUGCUCUGGUAAUUCCUCUGAUCUGAAGUACUGUGACCUUGGUCCAUGUCCUAUCCAUGGAGGAUGGACAACCUGGUCAUCAUGGAGUGACUGCAGCAAAACAUGUGCAAAUGGCACAAGAAUUCGCAACAGAACUUGUAGUAAUCCCUUUCCACAAUUCUGGGGAAGAAAUUGCUCUGGUGAGGUAUUAGAAAUCACAUCAUGUACCAAAGCACCUUGUCCCAUUCCUGGUAAAUGGGCAGCUUGGUCACAUUGGACUAAGUGUAGCAAAAGCUGCUCCACUGGUACAAAGUCUAGGGUACGAACUUGCAACAACCCUGCCCCCAAGAAUGGAGGUCAAGCCUGUAAUGGAAACACUAUUCAGACUGAGAAUUGCCAAGAAAUACCAUGCCCUAUUCAUGGAGGGUGGAGUAAAUGGUCAAAGUGGACUGGUUGCAGUAAGACCUGUGGUAACAGUACAAAGUCACGCAAUAGAACAUGCAGCAAUCCCCCUGCACGACAUGGAGGGAACAAUUGUCCUGGUAAUUCUAGCCAAACUGAAUAUUGUAGUCAGCAUGCCUGUUUUUUACACAGAGAAUGGUCAGAAUGGUCAAUUUGGACAAGCUGUAGUAAAUCCUGUGAUAUUGGACACCAGACAAGGACACGGCAGUGCAAGAAUUCAAGCCAUGAAGCUGUUGAAAGAGAAAACAUUGUUUCCUGCAGAGGAAACCAGACUGAAAUGAGGACCUGCUUGCAAGGACUUUGUUCCAAUCAAAGCAUAUCAAAUGAAUGGUCAAACUGGACUCAAUGUUCAGUCAGUUGUGGAUUGGGAAAGCAACAUAGAUUCAGGAAUUGUAGUGGAAAUGGAGGCAUGGGUGAUGAAGGUUGCCAAGGUUCAGAGCUGCAGGUGAAAACUUGUUUUGAGAAUGAGUGCCCGGUGAAUGGUGGAUGGAAUGUGUGGUCUAAUUGGACUGCAUGUUCCUCAUCUUGUGGUACUGGAGGCCAGGUGAGAUUUAGAUUUUGCACCAACCCCAAACCAGAGGCUGGAGGUGAUGGCUGUCAUGGUGAAAAUGUCAUGUACAAAAGCUGCUUUAUCAAGCCAUGUGAUAAAAAUGAUUCUUUUUGGUCUUCUUGGACAAGUUGGUCCCAGUGUUCCACAACUUGCUCUAAGGGACAUCAGACCCGAUUGAGGUACUGCAGAAGGAGAAGUCCCUUUCAUCUUGGAAACUGUGCAGAUGCCAAUGAUGGACCUAUCCAAGUGGAAAGCAACAUCUGUGAAGUGAAACCCUGUGCAGUAUGGAGUAGCUGGUCACCAUGGGAAGCUUGCAGCCAGACAUGCGGUGGUGGCACAAGAAAGAGAAAUAGAAAAUGCAACAGCAUAGAUAGUGACAUGAUUUGUGAAGGAAAUAAUUCACAAGCUGUAAGCUGCAAGCCAGAUCCAUGUCCAACAUUUCGUCCAAUAACAUAUCCUGCAAAAAUUACUCUAGGAACACCAAGUCUAUGCCCUGAUCCUGAAAAACCUCAAAAUGGUUAUUUCAAGAAAAUUGAACAAUAUGGAUCUCACUAUGUCACAUAUCAUUGUAAGCAACAUUAUUUCGUCCAUGGACCAAGACUACGGCAUUGUGAAAAUGAUGGUUUGUGGUCUGAUGAUGUUCCUUUCUGCCUUCCCAUAUGUGGAGAGUCCAGGUUCAGCCAUGACAAUACACAUCAUUCCCGUUUAAGGAUAUUUGGAGGUGGCACAGCCAUGCCUGGUCAGUGGCCAUGGCAAGUAGCUUUGAUUGUUGAUGAACAUUUUCACUGUGGUGGAUCUCUUGUGGCAGAAAACUGGGUUGUAACAGCUGCUCAUUGUGUAUAUGACAGACAAACAAGAAAGCUUUAUUCCAGUAUCAAAAUUCAUCUUGGAGUUCAUGAUAUUACUUAUGCACUAGGAGAUCCACAUGUCCAAAGUACAGACAGCAUAGAAAUAGUGCCCCACCCAAACUUCAACUGGACAACCUUUGACUCAGAUUUAGCACUGAUAAAACUUAGAAGGAGAGCAAAUAUGACUGAUCAUGUACGUCCAGUGUGUUUACCCAGCAAGCAGCAGAGGCGCGGUGUAACUCCUGGUACAAUGGGUGUAAUGUUAGGGUGGGGAGUCACAGAAAUAGGAAAAAACACAACUGAAUUACAACAAGUUGACAUGCCAGUUGUCUCUAAUAAAAACUGUCGAAGGGCUUAUUUGAGUGAGACUUGGCUUGUUACAUCUAAUAUGCUCUGUGCAGGGUAUUCUAGUAACCAUAAAGAUUCUUGCAAAAGAGACAGUGGGGGAGGGUUUCUAUUUCGAGAUACAAAAGGUAAAAAGAAGAAAUGGUUUCUGGGAGGAAUAAUUAGCUGGGGUAAUCCUAAAUGUGGAAUUCCUGGUAAAUAUAGUGUUUUUACUCAUAUUAAUGGCAGAUUUACAAGAUGGAUUAAGGAUCAUAUAUUUUAUAAUUUUCACAAAUUGAUUGAUUGUUGUAUUUGGUUAUUUCCAGUGCCAGGAGCCGUUUCCAUGGACUAUCCCCUUAACUGGGCUCACCAGCAGGACCGAAAAGCUGAGGCUUUGGUCAACCACAGGAAAUUUGCCGAUGCCAUAAUUUGUCAUCAAAAGGCAUCAGAAUUCCUCCAGGAGGCUAUGAAGAUGACUCAAGUGAAACAGGCAUUAGUUUCCUUGCAGUUACAGAUAAACAGUCAUUGUCGACAGCAAAGAGUCCUGAGAGAAAAAUGGAAGCAAUGUCAAAUUGAGCAAGAGAGAAGAAAACAAGAGCAGGUGAAAAUAUUGCAAGAAAGGCAAAAUCAGGAAGCUGUUCAAAGUGAAAUUUCAUCAAAGUUAGAGGAGAAGACUUCUAAUGAAUCAGUUGAUGGGAAAAAUAAUACAGAAUGUUCACAAUCAAGUAGCUUGGUAAUAUCUGCAGAGAACUUUUCAGUAUCAUCCACAAGUUCAUCUUCUGAUUGUGCUGCUUCUAGAGAUGAAAAAUCAGUUGUAAAAGAUCUUGAAGGACAAGUCAGUGAAUUGCAAAUGCAGGUUCUUUCCCUCAGUCAGGAUUUGGAGGACUCUAACAGAGAGAACUCAAGGCUAAGGAAAGCCCUGGACAAUGUACGACAAUUUAUACGGUUCAAAUUUGGUUAUGACCUUGAGGAUGAAAUGUUUGCCAUUAAUCUUAUCAAGAGCCAGAAGGAAACUGACUCUGAGGCAAUUUCUCAUGAUACAGAAUUAAAUAUACCAGCUAAAAAUGACAAAAGGAUUGCAUAUGUACAGUCUGAUAAGGAUUAUGAAGAGUCAGACCAAGAAAUUAAAGAACUUGAAGAAAUUAAAGAACUUAGAGAAAUUAAAGAACUUGAAGAAAUUACAGAUUGUGAAGAAGAUAUAUCUCUUCCACCCUUAGAGACUCCCCAAUUUACCUAUGAAAGUGCAGUAGGACAUGAAGAAACCACUUAAUUUAGCCUGAGUUAUGAAAAGAUAGCCAGGGUUUGAGUGUUGGAUUUGAACUUGUGUCAACCAAAUUUAAUAAUUUGGCCCACAUAUUUUAGGCCUGUCAUUUUGAAUCUCUGCUAUUACAGGUAUUCUCAAAGGUAAACAAACAUCAAAGGAAGACAAGAUCUUUAAACUAAACCUUUCCUUUGGUUAUUCCUUUUUUCAUCUACCCUGGAAAUCCAUGUGUUCUUUAAUUUUUCAGCAACCCAAUUAGGAAGUAGCUGAAUAUUUUGGUGUGGUGGAAUCUCACUUAAUUCAAAUAGAAAAGCUAACAUGUUCUGAUUGUUAGGUAGAUAUGGCUUACCAGUAAAUACACUGUUAUUGCUUUCAAAGUUCUUAUAUUUUUUUAACACAAAUAUUUGUAGUUUUU